AUGAAAGUAUUUUUUGGGAUUCAGUCUCCAACUAUCUAUUAUAUUCUCAACCUAUUUUUUUAUGACCAGGUUAAAUUUCCAAUAUAAUACUGUCUCUCUAACAAAAGAUAUAAAUCUUUAUGUAUACAUUUUCUAAAAUUUGAUGUUUAGAAAAUUUUCAUUUCAUUUAAAAUAUAUUUUUUCCUAUUAGCAGUGAUAGUUAUAUAGAACCAGGUUUAGAGGAAUUUGAUGAUUGCAAUUAAAUUUAAUAUUAUGGUUGCUAUAAUUGUUAAUUAGAAUGCGAUACUAGAUGUAAUAAAUGCAAUUAUGGGUAUUGUAAAGAUAUUUGUCUAUUUGAUGAAUUGGAAAUUGAUGUAAAUUGCUUCAAAUUUAAAUCUGAAGAUCAAGAUAUUAUUAGCUCUAGUGAUUGUAGUGAUUGUCCUAAAAGAUGCUAAGAAUGUGUUUAAGGGGAGUGUUUAUUUUUUCAGUCAAAUUAUACACUUCUUAGAAGAUUUUGUUAUGAAAUUGAAUGUGGAAAUCGAAUAAUAGAACCUCUUGAAGAUUGCUAUGAUGGUAAUUCUGUAAAUAAUGAUGGAUGUUCCAAUGAUUUUAAAAUUGAAUAGAAUUGGAAUUGUUUUAAUAAGGAUACAUAAGUUAAUUAGUGUUUUUCAUCUACAUAAGUGUUUCUUGAAUAUUUGAAUUAGACAAAGUAUUACUAAUAUAUUCAAUUGCAAUUUUCUAAAAAGUUAUACCUGGCAACUAUUCAAAAAUAGAUAAUUUUCCUACUAAGGAUUCAUUUAAAAUUAUUGGAUUGUCAUCUGAUGGAUAUUUUAUAAAUUUCAAUCCAAAAGUUCCUAUCUCUAAAAUGAAUUUAAGUACUACUAAAUAUACAAUACACACAUAUUUAGUAUUUAAUUAUAUGAAACCAUUUUGGAUGAGGAUGAAAUGUUUUUAUCACCAAUUAAUGUAUCAAUUGAACUUAAAGUUCCUAAAUUCUGACAAUAUCUCAAUUAACAGCUUCUAAGACUUUACAAAAUGCUGGCUAUGGCAUUAUGAUUAGUUUGAGUUAUAGUGGCUUUUUAAUAUUACUUUUAGGAAGAUUUUUAUAAAUAAUUUCAUUAUUAAACAUACCUUAGUAAUAAUCAUUUUUUAAAUACUUAGAUGUAGAAUAUCCAUAAAAUUUCUAAAUUUAUUUUGA